AUGGCAAAAAUCUUGUCAACGGUUUUUCUAUUAUUCUUCAUCACAAGUAACAUUAAUGGAUUACCGCUGGAUCAUGAAUGGAAGCCUAAAUUAUCGGCGGAAAGAGUUAAAUAUAUAGGUAACAGUUUACGUCCUGGACGACCAUUAAAGCGAAGCAGUUAUGCAGAUUUCACGGAUUUUCAUCCAAUGGAUUUUAAUAUGAUUGGCGAUGAAAUGGUCGUUGAAUUUGUGCCAAAAUACGACAUCUGGCAAUUAUAUCGUCCAAAACGAAUAUUGGAUAUACGUCGCUAA